GUCCAGACAACACAUCUCAAUAUGAAGCAACAGACUGAAAUGAGUGACAUAGUAAAGAACAGCGCGGAAGCGCUCAUGUUCACCGAUGAAACCGACACGGUGAAUUUGGAAAACAAAAGCAAGGAUCGCAAAGUCAGUUUGACACCAAGCCACAUUUCCAGCUGUUUGGAUGGUCCUAUGGGCGAUGUCAAGAACCACGAUACUUACUUCGAGGGUUUACCGCUCGUCGAGUAUAUCGCCACUGAUCAAUCCUUCACAUGGAGAGCAGCUAUCUUAGGUUCAUUCGUGGGUUCGUUAAUCGCCAUCUCCAACAUGUAUCUCGGUCUCAAAUCAGGUAUUACAAUCGGUGCCACUCUAUUCGCAACCCUCCUAGGCGGUGUCACGCUGGGACCAAUUCUGAAGUGUACGGGCAAGGCGCUGGGAAUCAAAGAGCACACUUGCUUUCAGGCCGCCGGUACAGCUGCUGGCGGGUUGAACGGCGGUUUGGUUGCACCUGUUCUUGUUCUAUUCUGGAAUGGGUUCUUCACCGGCGGUGUAGCUAAUAAUAUUGGCAAUCUGGCAGGACUUGUCUUUGGUGCCGCUGGGUUCGGUCUGGUAUUUGCAGUGAGUUUGAGAAAUUUUUUGAUCGUGAAGCAACCCGAGUUGGUUUUCCCAGAUGGUCGGGCCGCUGCUGAAAUUCUCAUUACCAUGUAUACAUCUGAAGAGGGAGCUGCCGAGGGCCGAAAGAAAACUCGAGUCAUGCUGUACUGCUUCUUGGCCGCCUUCGUGCUGCAAUGCAUAUCGUACUUCAUUCCGAUUAUAUAUAGCGUUCCCAUCUUCCGCUAUUUAAGCAAUUGCCCAUUCGAGAACUCUUGGCAGGAAUGUCAGGCCGAUGGCUACUACGACUACUUCCUUUUCGCUGACAUGAUGGGUUUUGUACUGUACUUAGACCCCGUAUUUGUGGCCAGUGCAUUUAUGGUAGGUCCAUCGGUGAACAUUUGGUUCUUAAUUGGUGCUGUAGUGGGAUGGUUCAUUCUCGUGCCCAUUGACUUCACCGCCGGCUAUCUUGGAGAUGUCCCCAGUUUUGGUACUGGACGUGACCAUGUGCUUAUGUGGGCUGCUGUCAUAUCCAUGCUGGUGUGCUCUUUCAGCAUGAUAUUGAUCAACUAUGAGAUUCUUAUUGAUUUGUUCAGUGGUCUCAAGCAAGCUAUCACCAGGCGUAAUGAUGAUGAAGAUGAGGAGAAUACGAUUGUGUUGCCGGAGGGUAACGAGCGUGACGUGGACACUCCUAUUUAUGUUUCAUUAUCCCUUCUGGCUCUCACUAUUGGUGCCUGUUUGGCUAUAUACAUGGGUCUGUUCGGUGAUACGUUGACCUGGGCUGAAAUGGCCUUGGGCAUUGUCAUUACAUUCCCGAUUGCUGUUGUGAACGCCCAAAUUAUGGGGCGUACGAACUGGAACAUCGCCGCGCUCUUGGCUAAAUUAGUAAUGAUGAUUAUGGGCGCCAUGAGCUCUACGGCCAAUGCUAUGUUAAUUGUCGGUAAUAUGGUUUCACAAUCUGCAGCCCAAACUGCGGAAGUCAGUCAGUGCUACAAAACGGGUCAUUUGGUGGGUGCGUCACCACACGCCCAGUUCAAGGCGCAGCUCUUGGGAACCACUGUUGGUGGUAUGGUGUCUGUCAUGGCCUUUUGGUUGUACACUUUGGCUUAUCCUUGUAUGCUUGAUCCGGAAGCCGAGUGUAUUUUCUCAAUGUCUGCCGCACGUGCGUGGGAUGCACUCGCUGAAGGUAUUGAGCAGGGCGUGACAGUGGGUAAUAGUCUUGACUACACAAUUACCGACAGAGGAUAUUUGUACAUGAUUAUCUUUCCUUGCUUGACAAUAGUGGAGGGUCUGCUGUUCAAGUUUGUCAUGACAGAGCGCAUGAUGUGGAUGAAACCCGUUUGGACGGUGUUCUUCCUGUCAUGGUUGUUGCCUGGUCAAUAUGCUGUGGCUCAGUUCUUUGGACAGUGUGUGCUGUGGGGCUGGCAGGCUGUAGCACCUCAACAGGUGGAUAUGUAUAAAUACUCAGUUGCCGCUGGUCUUAUCGCCGGUGGCUGUGUAGCAAGUAUAGCCACCGCACUAUUCAGCGUUUUUGAUCUCCAAGGCGUGUCGUGGGGUUUGGGCCCUUAAAUUGAGAACAGGCAUCAAGACAGCCAUCCUGAAUAGACAAAGAAUAUGGCUUUAGAUACGAGAGGGUUAUAUUAAAAUAUAUAUAAACACA